CAAUCUACUUUCGAUUCAACAGUCGAAAUGAAGAUGGCCGCCGAGGUGAGGUGGCUUUUAAUUUUUCAUGUGUUUUCUGUAAUUUAUACAGUUUUUGGUGAGAUACCCCAUCGAAAAUUUGAAUAUAAAUAUUCAUUUAAGCCACCAUAUCUUGCACAAAAAGAUGGAAGUGUGCCUUUUUGGGAAUAUGGAGGAAAUGCAAUUGCUAGUGCAGAAAAUGUCAGGGUAGCUCCAUCAUUAAGAAGUCAAAAAGGUGCUAUAUGGGUAAAACAUCCUGUUACAUCCUUUGAAUGGUGGGAAGUUGAAUUAAUAUUUAGAAUAACAGGAAGAGGAAGAAUUGGAGCAGAUGGUUUAGCAUUUUGGUAUACCGGUGAAAAGGGUGCAUAUAAUGGCACUGUUUUUGGUAGCUCUGACCAAUGGCAUGGUCUUGGAAUUUUCUUUGAUUCUUUUGACAAUGACAAUAAACACAAUAACCCCUACAUUAUGGCAGUUCUCAAUGAUGGCAAAAAGACAUUUGAUCAUGCUAAUGAUGGUACCACACAGUUAUGUGCUGGUUGUUUGAGAGAUUUUCGUAAUAAACCAUUUGCUACAAGAGCCAAAAUUGAAUAUUAUAAGAACACUUUAACACUGUUAUUCCAUAAUGGUAUGACAAAUAAUGAACAAGAUUAUGAAACAUGUUUCCAAGUUGAAGAUGUUUUUCUACCAAAAGGAGGAUUUUUUGGUGUUUCGGCUGCAACUGGCGGUUUGGCUGAUGAUCAUGAUGUUUCUCAUUUCUUAACACAUUCUCUAUAUCCUCCUGGUCAGUUAAGACCAGAUCAAAAAGUAUCUCUGGAGGAACAACAAAAGCUUAGUCAGGAAUAUAUGGAUUAUCAGAAAAAAUUAGAACAAAGGAAAGAAGAAUAUCGCAGAGAUCAUCCAGAUGAACAUCGCGAAAAAGAAGAAUUCGAAGAAUAUUUUGAAACUGAUAAUCAAAGGGAAUUGCGACAAAUUUUUUCUGGCCAAAGUCAAAUGUUUGAUGCGCUGCGCGAAUUAAACAGGAAAUUGGACAACAUAGUAGGAACACAAGAGCGAUCUUUAAGUUUAAUAUCUCAAAUUCAAGUUGGUGGUGUUCAAGUAGGAGGUCAACCAGGACAACAAGUACAGCUGAUUGAUACAAUUCGCCGGCAAGAAGUCGAUACUCUUUUAAACAAUCAAAAUAAUAUAUUAAAUACUGCAAGAGAAAUUAAAUCCUACGUAAAUGAAGUAUAUUCCAAAGCUGAUACUAUUCUUAGUAAUCAGGCCAGAGCUCCAACUGCUCAGGUACAGCAAAUGGGAUACGAUUAUCAUUCUCUUAUUUCUGAAAUGAGAGAUGGACUUAAUACACUAAAAAGAGAUAUCACUCAAUUAAGUACUAAAAUAAACAGUGGAGGAACAGAUUGUCCAACAACGAAUUGUUUAACAACAACAAUGUUUUUACUUUUUGUGGCAAUUCAGAUGAUAAUUUUAUUAGCAUAUAGCACGUACCGGGACAAUAAAGAAGCACAGGCGAAAAAGUUGUAUUAAUAUUUGUUUUCGAUCCUACAGUGCAGAAGUAAAGGUGAACGAGUAUAGAUAAGCUCUACGUUUCUAACGUGACAGUUACUUAAAAUUAAAAGUAAGAAAUCGUUGAAACGAUUCUAUUCAAAAUAAUAGUUCUUUAUGCUCUGUGUGCAAAAGUGACAUCGUACAAUCACUACGUUCUUGAAGCUCUAUAAUAAGAAGAUUUUUGUUAAACGAAUACGUACUUUGUAAGAAUAUACCGUGUAUCGAGAAUAGCUGUAUAGACAGGAAGGACUCGAUUUAUUCGUAAGUUCGGUAUUCUCGUCAACAUUAUUGCAUUUGUAAAAGUUUAUUGAAGAUUGUAAAUGUAUAAUGAAAUAUAUCUGAUAAUAAAAUUACUAAUCAAAGAAACAAA